CGAAUUAAGAAAAAAAGACAUAUCAAUUAAUUAUUAUUUGUAAAUAACAUGAAUUGAAGACAGUAAACUAGAUGAUGGUUUGUUUAAUUUUGGAUAAUAUGGUCUUCAGUGGAACGAAAUUAAUAUCGCAUUGACUAUAAUUGUCACAGAUCAAAUUUAUAGGAGACACUUUUCCAAGGUUGGAUCUAGUAAAAGGGGUAUAAAAAGUGAUCUGUCUACGUGUAGAAAGAAGCUUGAGCUAGACGAAUCACCAAAAAAUGUAUAAUAAUUCACCACGUAUGGGCAUCCCACUCAAAUCUCAAACGCCACCUCUUUUGGGACCAACUACGUACAUAAUAUGCGAUGGACGACAAACUCUGAAAAAUAUUACGCCAUUCCUCAGCACAGAAAAAAGAGCUCCUUCUUUUUUCCGGAAAUCGUUUUGUGAUAAUUUCUACAGCCUACCAGAUGUUUCUAAUAAAUUGUUGGGCACUUCACCGAGAAACACUGCUGAAAGAUUCGUCAGUACGAUUAACGAUAAUCCCGGACCUGGAGAAUAUGACCCGAAGCGACCGAAGUGUUCCAGUGAUAUUUCCAGACCGAUUGGUAGAGGAAGAUUGUAUGUGUGCAGGAUGCCUUAUACCCUGAAAGGUACAGGACCAUCCGUACCUACCAAAAUUAACGCUAACGGAUAUUUCGUGAACGAAAGUGGUGACACAAUUCCUUUACCGCCUGACUGUCAUGAUACUAGUCUUGGACCAGCUUUUUAUAACGUUGAGGAACCUGCUGAUGAUCCAUACAGGGGUAACAAGUGGUCCAAGAGAUCGGGAAAGCGAUUCAUUUACGCUGCAGAUGACUCUCCUGGCCCGGGCAGUUACAAUGUGAAGAUUCCUGCGUGCACACGAGACGUCAAAAAUGACGAAUUCCGAGAGAUGGCGAGACUGUUGACUUUCGUGCCGAGAUUCCUGGAUGCCCAGGAAAUGAAAUUGAAAAGGGAGAAUUUUCCCGGACCAGCUGACUACGACAUUUCGAAGGUGAAUCCCUGUAGAAGAUGUGACGGCAUCAAACCUAAACCUUUUGUCAUCUCCAGUGAGAGAUUAAUAAAUUACUGCAAUGAAACGCCUUCACCAGAUACCUAUACCUUGUCGGAGACCAAAUACACUCUAUCGAAGAAGGAAACUGGAUUUCAAAUACAAGCACCUAGAUUUCCCAAAAAGAAAAUUGACAGUAAACCAGGACCUGAUGUUUAUCAAAUAAAAAGCCCAAUUUUGGAAAAACUACAAAAGGCAACUCGAUAUUCGACCUUUCGACCUCCUUUCAACACAUCUUCAGCUAGAAAUAAUUUGGAGUUGAGUAAAGAUGUGAUCAACAGACCUUGUCCUUUCGAUUAUACCGUGGCCGGUGAAAAUAAGUGCAGGAUUUUUGUUUCGAGUGUCUUCAAGUCAAAAGUCAAACGAUUUCCGAAAAAGUGCGGCAAAAUGAAACAUAGGGUGUAAAGGAGCUUUGAUACCGUCCUCCAAGAGAUUCUCUGAAGACACAAGGAAUAUUCCAGGGCCAGACACGUACUGGAUACAUCCAUAUCACAUCAACAGCGUUUACAAAGCAUAUACGACACACAACUUGAAAAUCAGAGAGAGCAUCCUUAAAAAAAAGCUGAGAUACGCUCCAAAAGAGACUCGAGAAAGGUGGGCAUCUAGUCUGAAGAAGAGGCAGAAGAUGAGAUGGUUUGUCAAUGAUGGUAGAGGUUAUGUUCACUGUUGAAUUGGCUAAUAGUGACCCAUUUUGAUGCUGUAGUGGAUUCGAAUUGAUUAAAUUCUAGUAGCUUAUUG